AUGAAAAAUAGAAUUAGCAUGGAUAUGAGUGCAAUUUUAAAAUUUAUUGAUAGAUUUAAGCUCUUAUUUUUAUAUUAUCUCUUAAAACUGAAAUUUAUAAAGAUUAUAAGGCUGAUUAAAAGGGCUUGAAAUAAUGAUUUCAAAAUAUUUAAUAAUUUAAUAUUAAAAUUAAAAGUAUUUCUAAGCAUUAAAGAAAUAAAAGAAAAUUACUCAUAA